GCAGACGAUUCAACAGUCAAGCAUCAUAUGCAUAUGCUGUCAAAACUAUUCCAAUUGCUGGCAUAUUUCCGACAGAAUUUCCAUUCGAUUUUUCCCUUCGAUUUCAUACAUUGGGUAGAACUUUUGCCAGUGUGCAUGUGAAUUUGCGUGUGAAAGUUACCAGUCAAAAUCAAUUUCAACAAUGGAAUCACGUAGAUUGAGCCUGCUUAUCAUCAGACCACAAAUGUUGACCUUUCAUGCCCCAUAUAGACGCAUUCAGAGACGUUUGCUGACACUACUGAAUCCCACGUCGAGCAAAUUUAUCUUUAAGGUGAGAUCCAAUGCGAAUAGGCAUUAUAAUGUCAGUCCCUAUUGCGGUUCAAUUGAUGCCUAUGCCACCAGUGAGAUUCAAGUAGAGUUAGGUUUCUUUGACUUCCAAAGCAAUCAGCUGUAUCGUCAUCGAUUUGUCAUUCAAUGGGCGAAAUCACCAAAAGAAGACCUUCCACUGGGCAAGGAGAUCUUAAGUUUAUUUAAAAAUAUUCCACAAUCAGAGUUGGAUUCUGUACGUAUACCAAUACAUUUGAAUGAAUUUGGUACACCUGUGUCCCAAUCGGAAUGGGAUCUAUUGGGACUGGUUAUGGACGAGAGACUAGAACUACGCGCUCUCUGUCCAAAUUGUGAGGAUCCCGAUAGGCCUAAACGGGCUAAAAGGCGAAAAAUUUGUCGCAAAAUUUGCAAAAUUCUACUUAUAAUGGGCACCAUAGUGGGAGUUUUGUUUUUAGUGUAUUUCCUACGUCACAAAAUUUAUGAAUUUAUCAAAAUUGAAACUGAUGAUAUCGAAUUGUGAAUGAAAAGAAGGUGUGCUAUAUCUAUAUAGGCGAAUGCAUCAGCAAGUAGACAAAAUGAUUCCAAUUCAAAAACCGAAGACAUGAGUUUGCACCUGUAAUAGCUGCUGCCCUCUCCAACAAAUAGGAGAAGGAGGAGUGACAGGGUCAGUUCCCUUUUCGCCUUAAUUGGUGGCAACACUUCAUUACGCCACACACACAAACACACAUACACAGAAUCUCUCUUUUACGGAAACGAGUGUGUGAGGUGAACGUUGAUUAGGUGGUUUUUGAUUUAGAUGCGGUUGCAAUUUAGUGUCGCGCCCACAAACACAAAACAAACCGACCACAAACACAACAAUAACAAUGCAAUAAAUGGUAGUGCACUUUGAUUUUGA